AGAAUGCCUUUCCUUUCCAAUACAAUAUUAGUUAUCGUCUGAGUCUCCGAAAACAUGUCGAUAACUUAUAUUGUAUUGCAAAAACUUUAGACCCAAUACCAAAUUCGAAGUGAAAGAAAAUUUUAAAAAUCCAAGGAUCCGUUAUGAGUAAACAGAACAAGGAGUGGUCCAAGGCUACGCUCUGCCUGCCGAAGGAUAAUCUAACAACGGAGGCAGGAGACCGAGCCCGGGCAGCCAACUUUUUGCCUUCCUACGAAACGGAUUGCCUUCCUGUAUCAAUGGCCUGUCUGCUGGGUUGGGAAUAUGCCCGGAUUUGGGUGAGAGAUCGGGAUAAGUUUGUGCAGGAACGCGAGAAGGCUGUCAAGCCCAAGUUCAUCAAGAACGACUUCGAAUGGUGGCUGAAACUCCGGAAAACUACAAAAAAAUUCUGUAAAGGAAACUAAUCAAGUUUGUUAAUAGUUUAGAACAAGGAUUUCAUAAGGCACCUAAUAAAUUUUCAUUUUAUUCAUCUGA